AACAACAACAUACACAUCAAAGAAGUGAAUUUUUUGUUUUUAUAUAGAAUAGAAUGGGUGUGAAGGUUCCAACUAUAGAUUUUAGAAAGUCAUCAGAGUGGGAAAAAGGAAGUGAAAAAUGGGUUUUAGUGAGAGAUGAAGUAUACAAAUCUUUAGAAGAAUUUGGUUGCUUUGAGGCUUUACUUGAUGAAGAUAUUCCAAAAGAAAAACUAUAUGAUAAGUUAAAAGAAGUUUAUAACUUCAAUUUGGAGAAAAAAUUUGGUCACUCAGUGUCACCAGAUGUGAAAAUAGGGUACACCAAGUAUGGUCCAACAACACCACUUCAAGAAAGACUUAUGAUUGACUAUGUACUCAAUGAUGGUGUUAUUGAGAAUUUUUCCAAAAUACUUUGGCCUAAUGGAGAGACUGAAUUUAGUGAUUUGAUGAUUACUUACUCCAAGAAAGUAACUGAAUUUAAUGAUUUGGUAAGAAGAAUGGUGUUUGAUAAAUUGGGAUUAAAGGAACAUUACUUGGAUGAACACAAAAAAUCAGGUGAUCCAUUUGUUGUGUUGAUCAAGUACAGAGUGCCUGAAGCUGGUGAAACAAAUAUUGGAGUACCUCCACAUACUGAUAAAGUUAUUUCAACAGUUUUAAGUCAACAUGAUAUGGAUAUAAAUGGGUUGCAAAUUAUGAACAAAAAUGGACAAUGGAUUGAUGUUCAAUAUUCAACACCUUAUUCAUACAUAUUCCUUGUUAGUGACUGUUUGAAAGCAUUUACGAAUGGUAAGCUACAUUGUCCUCUUCAUCAAGUGAAAAUAGGAAAUGAAGAGAGGUAUUCUGUGGGUUUGCCCAUAUUUCCAAAAGAAGGGCAUAUCAUAAAAGUCCCAGAGGAACUUGUUGAUGAAGAUCAUCCUUUGGUUUACCAACCCUUUGAUGGUUCCAGAUAUCUUCCAUUUUAUCUCUCAGAGCUUAGACGAGGCGUUCUUAUUACUCUCGAGGGCUACUGUGGUGUCUCAGCCGGCACUCCGAACUUGUGUUGAUACUGAUACUGGAUUGUGGUCGGAGCCCUCUCCUAGUCCAGCGCGCCCCUCCAUCUUGUAAUGGUUCUAAGCUACUAUUUUUGUUGUGUCUCAGCUAAUAUUCCAAACUUGUCUCCCUCUCCUAGUCCCGCGCGCCCCUCCAUCUUGUAAUAGUUCUAAGCUAGUGUUUUCAUUGUGUACUUGAGCGUUUUUGUUGUGUUUCAACAGUUCAUGCAGGACCCUCCUAAUAAGGCUCUCUUUUUCUAUCGAUAAACAAGUUUGUGCUCUA